AGGCCUAUCCUUUUCUUGGCACUACAUGGAAGCAUCUUUGGCACAUUAAGAUACACGAGGUGAUUGGCCGGAGGAGCUUUGAUUUGUUUGGCAUGCCUACACACGCCACAGGAGAGGAGGGGACCCCACACAUGGGCUUAGAAGGAAGCUGCGCUAGCUCAUGACAACAGGACAGGUUGGGGCAGAAUCUUAUAUCUCUAGAUAUAACAGGCCAUGUUGGACGGCUUGUCUCCCAGCAGAGACAAGAGCUUCUUCUUGGCCUGCUCCUGUUCUUGAAACCAGAACUAGAUUAGAGUGGGAGAGAUUGCGCUGUCUGACCCACCGGGAGUGCCAGCCGGAGAUCCUUAAUAGAGUCAAGAGAUUGGCAUGAACCUUCACCAAGACAUGGACAGGGAGCAGAUGAGGAUGGCCAUCCUGAACCAAGAACAGAUCUUCAGACAACAGGUACACGAGCUGCACCGGCUGUACCAUGUCCAGAAGCAGCUGAUGCAGCAGUCACAGAGAGUUGCUCUGGUGAGCCAUGGCCCGGUGGUCGUCGACGUCAAGCCGCAGCUGGACAUCUGGUGCGGCGAGAAGGUGACAACAAAGCCUCAGCAGCAGAUCAUCAGCUUCACCAGCUGCAACAAGGCCACAAAGCCUGCACCUGCGUCUGCAAUGGCCGAGGAAUGCAACCUUGUGCUGACACUAGCAACGGGACCGAGUAGCAGCAGCAGCAACAGCAGUUAUGACGCCGAGAGGCAACAGGGAGAACGGUUCAAGGCGUCGUCCAACUGCGACUCCGGUGCGACCAAGGUUGCAUCCACAUCGACGGACUCCGAGAUGGCUCGAUUUAGGGAGGUGGAUGUGGCGAAGCCGGCGAGGUUGCAUGGCGAGGUUUGCAGGAGGAUGGAUGAGAUGGGGCUAGGUCCAUUGAUGUACCAAUGCCUGAGCCUCAAGAUGGUGUGAUGGUGGGGUUCACUUGGUCAAAGAGAUUAGAUUAGUAUUGUGGACUUGUACAUAUUCUUACACAAUAUGUUUUCCUUUGAGAGGUUCAUGGAAGUCCUAAAGAAAUAGGUUUACAACAAUGCUCUUCCUGAAGGAAGCAUCUCCAAGGGCUAUGGAACAGAGGAGGUCAUUGCGUUUUAUGUUGUUCUUGACCUUAAACUCAUUGGUGUUCUUGAAUCGUUGCAUGAGGGAAGACUAAGUGGAAAGGAAUCACUAGGGAAGAAAAUAUGUAUUGGUAUGAUAUGGACGACAAUUCCUUCCGUAAAGCACAAUACACGGUUCUAUAAAACUCCUCCUUGGUGGAUCCGUAUAUUGUGGAACACAAGGACAUUGUA